UCUCCUCCGCAGUGCACUGCUGGACAGGGCUGAGUGCGGAGUACAGGACAGCACAGGACAGGACAGUAAGCGCUUCCCUACAGUCCUAAAGUCCCAAACACGAGAGCAGCACCCACAUGGAGCUCAUUUGAACUGUUGGAGGACUGGUCUUCACUUCACGACUCACACUCACAGAUUUACAGUUUGAAAGGGAAGGGACAUAUCAGACAUGGACACCUUGGUGUGGAUCUGGAUUUGUGGAGCGCUGGGGCUGGUGUGUGGCUCUAAGCUGGAGCGGGCCGUAGUCGAGGAUUGUGAUUCGGGCAGUUUCACUCGCGAUGGGGAGUGCUGUUUGCAGUGUCCUCCAGGAGAGGGAGUGGUCAAGGAGUGCGGGGCCACCCAGACCGAAUGCAGUCAAUGCUUGGACAGUGAGACGUUCUCUGAGACGUUCAGUCACACAGACAAGUGUCAGACGUGUAUAGAGUGUACGGGACUCAUGCGCAUGCAGACCCCCUGCACCGACUCGAACGACGCUGUGUGCGUGUGCAACUACGGCUACUUCAUGAGCGAACUGUCAGGCCAGUGCGAGCCGUGCACGGUGUGUCCACGCGGUCAGGGUGUGAUGAUGCGCUGCGAGCCCAACCACGACACGAUCUGUGAGGAGUGUCUGGACGACACCUACUCUGACCAGGAGAGCACGCUGGACCCCUGCCUGCCCUGCACCAUCUGCGAGGAGGGAAUAGAGAUUCUCAUGAGGAACUGCACACCCAUUGAAGAUGCAUGGUGUCAUGAUCCGUUGAGUCCUACCUAUCCUGCUUCCACUAGUGAUUCCAGUUUGUUCGUCACUGAUCCGAACCGUUUGUGGAGCCCCAACCCUGGAGGGGACGCCACCACACCCAAACCCAGCUCCCCUCAUUUCAUUGGCAAAGGGCUAAACGAGAACCUGAUUCCCAUUUACUGCCCCAUCCUUGCAGCGGUCGUAGUCGGCCUCCUGGCUUACAUAAUCUUCAAGAGGUGGAACAGCUGCAAGCAGAAUAAACAGGCAGCUAAUAAUCGCGCAGCCACAGCCAACCAGAUGCCAUCUCCAGAGGGAGAGAAGCUGCACAGUGACAGCGGCAUCUCAGUGGACAGCCAGAGUCUGCAGGAGCAGCAAGCGCAGACGCAGACGCAGGCGCAGGCCCACACACAGCUGCACGCAGCAGAGCAGAUCGUGGUGAGAGUGGAUGGAGGGGCUCAGCCUGACUCCCCCCCACCUCAGGCCUAACCAGUGAGGAAGAGGACGCUAUGUUAUCAAUAUAACAAUGAAGAGGGGAUGAGAGGUUGGAGUGAAGGAAACAAGGAAGCAGAAAGAGGAGAAUGGAGGAGCCAUGAUGGCCAUACAGCAAGGAACGCAGAGACAAAGACCUUUUAAAAAUAUUUUUAAACCCAGCAAGGACUAUUCAUUGAUGAGCCGCUUCAACAGCAACAACGGAUCCACAUCAGCGAUCAGACUCACUGGCUUAAAAUAGCUACUUCUGAAUAAACGUAAGCCUUUUACCCUGGAGAAAGUUCACCAUAAAAAACCACCACAAACUCUGAUGAAUGUUUAACAUAUGCUGGGAUUCUCAGAUGUAUUAAUGCGCCCUUGUGACACAAACUGUGGAUGUCCCGGGCUUCAUGAGAGGAAGCGAAGAGACGUUAACACAAGCUUCACGGAUAUCGCGCAACUUAGCAGCCGCACCAUGGUUCCUCCACCUGGAGCCUUCUUCCUGAUCUAAUAAGGAUUUCGUUUUUGCCUUAUCUUUGAAGUUUUAAUUGAUUUUGUCUAGAACACCAAGGCCCUUUAUUAAAUCAGAAUCAUACACAUUUUCAGGGGUGUGUUAAAACUUUGGAGGGGUUGUAUGCAGUUAGCGCAGAACUACCAGUCGCCAUCUCGUUUCAAAGCAGCUGAUCGCAGGUCAGCGUUUAUGGGCAACAACUCACGACUGUGACAUUUGCUGACCUUUAAUAAUGUAAUGACUCAGAUCUAUACUCAGCUCGCCUUCCUUUUUCUCUCUUUCACAACCUUUUCUCUAUAAAACACACACAUAGCGUAUCAUGUUCCCUGCCUUCCUCUUGUUACUGCAGUUUAGGUUUCAUUGCCUAGAUCUUCUCGCCUUACCUCUUCAGAAAUCUGAGUCACAGUGCAAAGAGAAACCAGAACUAAAAAUCUACGCACCUAUUUUCAUGCCAUCAUGCACUCCUAGAAGUAGUCUCCGUGUUCAUGUCCUCCCAUCAAUUCAGGUUUGAUAGGGAUUUGGUUUGGAUUUAGAUUAGCGGCACGUGUUCGUUAAUGAUUCCUGUAAUGAUUCUUUUAGUACUUUUGAGGAAACCUUAUCGACCACAUUAAUAAUUUGUCUUAACUAUUUACUAAACAAAAACUAUAAUAUUUUGCUAAUAUAAAGUUUCUUCAAGUUGAAAACUUAAAACUCCAAAUGUGUAUCUUUAACUACAUAUUGCCAUAUGAAUAACCAGUAACUACAUGGACUACAUGAAAAAAAAAAAAAAAAAAACGAUAUAUUUUUUUCUUAGACUCUACAAUCAAUGAUUCUUACUGUAGCUCUUGAUGAGUCAUCUGUCUAGGUUUUCUCCAUCUUUUGUUGCCACAUUUGCUCUUUCUUUCUCACUCUUUGUCUUGGUUACAUGAUUCAUGCUGAUGCAGAUUCAGAUGCUAUAAUGUGGUUUGAAUUACUCAACCAUCUCAGCAGUCAUGAGCUGGAAGCUGAGAGAAAGAGAGCUGGUCUAAGGAUGCAUCACUGACCUGGACUAAGGGGCAAUAAAAAGGACCUUAACAUCAUUAUAGAAGCUUUAGAUUAAAUCAGAACGGUCUAACCGAACAAACAAAUUAACAUACAACAAAAACAGAACAACUAAAAAUAGUCUUUGCUUCCUGUUUUCUAUCUAUCCAAUGGAUAUUGAACUCGUAAAUAGACUUAAGGGACCUAACACAGAUACUCCAUAGCGCAUCCACACACACACACACACACACACACACACACACAAACACACACACAUAGUAUCUAAUGGACUGUCUUUCAUUGCAUUUCUAAUGCGCGCACUGUCAGGCUCUGGAAUAAACAUGAGAGGCAUUAGUGAGACAUUCCUGUCAGGCAGGUCGUAAUUACCCCAAAGCUUUCCGUUUUUCUUCCCCGCAGUCAGUUCACUCUCUCGGGGAUCCGCACUGCUCGGAUUCCCUUCCCUGGAGCUCUGCCUCUCCAUUCAGGGACUCACCGUCCAACUUUUCUACUCUCAGCUCCGCUAAUAUUCCUACACUCUUAAAAAUAGAGUCCAAAAUAUGUUGUGUGUGGAACUUGUGCAAUGAAAAGCUUCCAUGAAUGGCUUCUUAAUGGAGCAAUUAAACAACUUUUAUUUUAAAGAGUGUACAUCAGUGAGUAAUCUAUAGGAAAUCACAUUUUGAUACAACAACACCAUGCAAAAUCCAUUUUAAGCAGGUAGAUUGCCAGUCUUUAGCUGGUUGCCCUGCCAGCUUUGUUAAAGCCAACUUGACCACCUUUAGCUGGUAUGACCAGGUGGUAGCUGUUUCUUAGUGGUUUUCUGACUACCAUGUGAAAAAAAAGCUACCAGCUUUAGCUGGAUUUUCCAGCAGGUUCAUUAUUCCUGUACUCAAUGCAAAUUACUGACUGGUUUAAACUAUUAGACUCUAAUUCAGUUCCCACUUGAAGUCAUGCAUUACCUUAAAGUUUGAUAUAUGAGUUGGUGGAACAUCGCUGCCUCCUGCUUUUUUGGCAGGCAGGUUGUCGGCUCCAUCAGCUUUUAUAUGGCUUUAGUAGCAUGCAUCUCCCCUGGAGCUGCGUUUUCCAUUAAAUCAGGCAGCGAAGCAUAUCAUUGGCUUCUGGGGUUGCUCGCAUGCUAGUGUUUAAUGCACAUCAUGGGUUGAACGUUCACUCGUGGGGCAUUUUCGCUGAUGUUUGUCCUGAUAUUAGCCUACUUGAGAGAACCUGAUGAGAUCAAGAUAAGAUCUCACGGUCUGUCUGCGGGAAUGCACUGAGAACAAACUGGCUUGUGCUUAUCCCAUGCUUUGAUUCUUAACACAGAGCAGAGAAGUUGGCAGACAUAGAGACCUAGAGAGAGUUGUGAUGACAAUACAAUCAAAUUCGGAGUGAUUGAUGCUUCUCAGGGGGUGGUGAUGUGAGUAUACUAUAUCGAAAAUAUGGCUAUAUUUUCAUAGAAUGUUAAAUUGAUUGUUUGGCGUAAUGUGUUCUGAGAAUAGAAGGUGUGAGGGAGAGCCUUUUACCAUGUGUUUCAGAUAUAAACCAGACGACAUGUGCUUGGCAUCUACAAGAUGUCAAUGCAUCAAUCAAUCAGAAAGCAUCUAAAAUAACUGAAGUUAACAGGUGGAUGGAGUCUUGAAUCAGUUCCCUGGAAUGUGCCAAAGUUGCCAUACAUAAAACACCUCCACAUUAAAAUGUCCACUUAAAUGGUCAUAAAUCCAUUUGUCAGCCAGAAAGUGUAUCGGAUGAAAACAAAACUUCUUUACAACAUAUUCACAUACUAAAAAACUCCAUCCUUGUCCCUCCAUCUUUAUUAAUUUCUACUUGAGUAAUUCUUUAUUUUUUUAUAAACAGAAUUUUUUUUGUUUUUGUUUUCAAAUAGAUUUAUUCUUUGAGAGCAGUAUUUUAUAGAGACAGUUUACUUUCGUAGCACUUCAAAAAGAUUGAAUUUGAACACUCAAAGAGUGUCCAUCACCAGAAAGUGCCUGUGGAUUUUGUCAGGUGUCUUUGAGCAGUGUUCAACAAGUCUGAUUUCAUGUUAAAUGUUUUUGUUAUCUAUUUUUAUUCUGUGUGUUAUAAGUGUAUGUGAUAGUUUUUUGCCUUCGUUUUUUAUCUUGUUAAUCUUUAGUUAUAAGUAAAUGUUGAUUUCAAAAUAGUAUGUCAUUAUCCAGGUUAAAUACAUCCAGGUGAAUGUUAUCUAUUAUUUUGUUUCUGAGAAAUGCCUACACUGCAAAAAAAAAAAACAAAAAAAAAAAACAAACAAAAAAAAAAACAAAUCCUUCUUAUUUAGAAUUUUUGUGUUGUUUGAAGGCAAAAUAUCUAAACAUCCUUGCUUGAGAAUUUAUGUUGAAUUAAGUUUCUUACAUCAUUUGCAUAUAUAUGCUUAAAACGAGAAUAUAUAUAUAUAUAUAUAUAUAU